UGUUUCAUUUCCUAACCAGAACCAUCGUUUUAAGACUCAUGACCACUUGGGAAAUCGGCGUCUACUCUGGCACGGGACCAACAUAGCUGUUGUUGCUGCCAUCCUGAAGAGUGGCUUGCGGAUCAUGCCCCAUUCUGGUGGCCGUGUUGGCAAGGGAAUUUACUUUGCUUCUGAGAACAGUAAAUCAGCAGGCUAUGUGGGCACCACCUCCAAACGGGAGGGAAUCAUGUUCCUGAACGAAGUGGCCCUGGGCAAGGUGUAUACCAUCACUCAAGAUGACUGUUCAUUGUGCAAGCCCCCAGUGGGUUACGAUAGUGUCCAGGCUUGUGGCCGUACCGAACCUGACCCUGCAUGCGAUAAAGAGCUUAUCCUGGAUGGGAAAAAAGUGCUGAUAGCACAAGGAAAGCCCAUUGUUAUGACUAAGUACCAAAACAGCAGCUUCAGCCAGAGUGAGUACUUGAUCUACCGGGAGAAUCAAUGUUGCAUCCGCUACUUGAUCCAGCUCCAUUUUUGAGGCUUUUUGUGGGCUGCUUUUUCUGCUGGACUCCACCGUUUGCUGGCUCUCAUCUUUCCAGUGCUGAGUGGUUAUCUUAAGAACCUACCUUGAGUUGGUCAGUUAUAUUCCCCAGUUUUCCAUCCAGAGUUUAUUCCGUAAUCAUGGCUUCUAGUUCUGCAGAGAAGAGGGUGAUGUUACUACCUUGUUUUGAAUUGUAUGGUGGCUUCCAUAAGGCAGAUUAAGACUUUGUUGAUGUCCAGCAAAACAAAGAUGAAAUCAUUGCCAGACUGUUGCUAGAAAAGGUAUCACCACAAGGGCUAAUGACUUUUGGAAAUCUCUUGGAUCUGAAUAGAUCUGAAAAUAAAAGAAACUCUAUUAAAUCGAA